AUGGGGUACAUAGGGUACAACAAGGAGCACAUUCAUUUGCGUGACGCCGUUAUUGGUAACGUAGAUGCAACUAAUGACAUCAACAUCGGUAGCGCAUAUAUUCUGUCAUCAUCAUACAUUGGUAGUCCGCGUCAUAUGCAAGAGUAUAUUCAAGACGCCAUGGCUUACGUACGUGCAUAUGGCCGACCAGAUCUUUUUAUCACAUUUACGUGUAAUCCAAACUGGGAUGAAAUUUACUGUACGAAACAUUUUCCAAAACCAUGCCAAUCUGAUACUAUCACCAAUAUUGACGGUUAUCCAUCUUACCGGCGUAGAGACGUAGACAAUGGCGGUCAAUCAUGUGAAUUGCGUCUGUCAAACGGUGUGAGAUUAGAUAUUGAUAAUCGCUGGGUAGUUCCAUAUUCACCAUUGCUGUGCAAAACCUAUAAAGCGCACAUAAACGUUGAACCAUGCAGUUCAGUGAAAUCUAUAAAAUACAUUUGUAAGUAUGUUCACAAGGGCAGUGAUAAAGCUGUAUUCCCUGUUCAAAAUGUAAAUGACAAUGACGAAAUUACACGUCAUCAAAUGGGUCGAUACAUAAGCAGUAACGAAGCUAUUUGGCGCAUUUUUACGUUUCCUAUACAUGAAAGGGAUCCUGCUGUUAUACAUUUGGCUGUGCAUCUUGAAAACGGACAGCGUGUUUACUUUACAGAACAGACUGCACUACAACAAGCUUUAACGGCUCCAAAAACAACUCUUACUGAAUUUUUCGACCUUUGUUGCUGA